CACUGCAGCUUGAGUGACCUAAACAUGCCCUCCAGCCACCGGAAAACUCCUCUUUCCGGCGAAGAAUCGAGCAUGGCCGGAUCAAGCGGACGCGUCCUCAACACUCUCCUUGAAUGUGAAGACCAACCUAUGCGAGAUAUCAUCCAGACCGCCGCCGCCGGAGCCAAAAACCUCAGCGACGCGAAUAUCGUGAAUCUCAUCUGCUCCGGUUUCCCUGAUGUGAAAUUCUCCCGCCGCAACCGCAACCUCCUAAUCGAACGCGUCGCCAAAAUCUCUCCGCUCUCGUGCAGGAUAGAGAGCGCCGCGGACGAGCCAGAAGCGAAACGUCCGAAAAUUGACGACGGACAGAAUGUUAAUAGGCAAAUUGAGGUAGCUAGGGCUUCCACUUCAGCUAGUAGUUCAGAUUCUAACGGUAGGGAACUCUGUUCUGCUAGGAGGGUUGCGAAUGGGUGUAUGUGUAUUGUGGAAAUGAUUGGGGAUUUACGGCAAGGAAAUGAGUUAGGCGCUAGUAGUGAGGAUAAGUGGCCCAAUGUUCUGUGAUAUAGGUGGUGAGUGCUGUCUUGGCUCGGAGAUGUUGGAGGAUCUGAAAAACGCUGUGAUUGUGCCUAUGCGCCAGUUAAAACUACGGCAUUACUUUGUAGGCAAACCUACGACCGCAAUUCUGUUGCAUGGGCCACCUGGCUGUGGGAAAACCAUGUUGGCUCGAGCCAUUGGAAAUGAGGCUCGAAUGCCGUUUUAUGAAACAUCUGCUGCUGCCCUAAAGUCUGGAGUUUCAGGUGUCCUAGAGUUGUUCCUUAGUGCGUACAAGAACGCACCAUCUAUUGUGUUCAUUGAUGAAAUUGAUGCAUUGACUUCAGAAAUGGGAAGUUUGUCGCAAUGCCCAGUAAGACAGUUGAUUGCUUGCAUGAACACACCUGUGAAUGACGGUUCUGAUUCUGAAAGAUCUAAUAGUCGACCUGGCAGCUAUGUGCUGACAAUUGGAGCAACCAAUAAGCCUAAUGCUCUAGACCUUGCCUUAAGGCAGCGGUUUGAUCGUGAAUUUUUUUUAGAUGUUCCGAGAAAAGAUGAGUGACGUGACAUACUAUCAGUUCUAACAAGUAAUUAUAAGGUCGAAGAGGAUUUUGGUUUUGAGGAGUUAGUUGGGUGUACUCAAGGUUUUGUAGCAGGAGAUUUGGUAAAACUAGUAAAUAUGGCUCGUAUGUUUGCUUUAAACAGAGUCAUUAACCAGAGAUCUUACGAAAAUAGUUUUAACAACGGGGUUGAAUUGUAUCAAACGCCAUUUUCAGAUGAAGAAUUGGAGGAACUCACAUUAACCAUGUGCGAUGUUCUGGAUGCUUUUGGGACGGUUCGGCCUUCUGCUAAAAUGGAGGAUUUUUCCACUAUACCAGAUACAAACUGAGAUGAUGUUGGAAGCCUUCAACUGUUGAAGUUGGAACUUGAACGUCGCAUAGUUAAGCGUAUUAAGUUUCCAAAAGUUUAGACGUCUCUUGGGGAAAUCGGGGUGAAGAACUUGCCGAACUCUUUUUUCCUUUAUGGUCCUCCGGGUUGUGGAAAGACAUUGAUUGUCCAGGCUUUGGCUAAAGAAGCAGGAGCUCAUUUCAUGCAUAUCAAGGCCACUGAAAUAUCAAAGUUUUCCUGGAACAAGUUGAUGGUGGAAAAUAUUUUCAAAUGUGCAAAAACUCACCCUCCAUGUAUAGUGUUCUUUGAUGAGUUGGACAUAUAUUUCACAGAAUAAAGAUCUAGAGGAGGACGAAGAUGAAUGGUUGUCAGAGGAAUAUGCAGAGCUACGGAACCAGCUCCGUUAUAUACAAGGAGAAUCUCAUGUUUAUGUGAUUGCUAAAACAAGUCGGCUAGAGAUUGUGGAUCGUAUGCCGCUCAUCAAAGAAGUUUUUGGUAGGGUGCUGUAUGCUCCUCUUCCUACUCCAGAAGAAAGAGGAGAGAUAUUGAAAGCUCUUGCUCGAGACAAGCCAAUAGAUGCCAGAGUGGAUCUGAUGGCUCUAGGAAAAGAUGUCGCUUGUGAAAAUUUCAGUGGCUCUGAUCUAUUUGCAUUGGUGACAGAAGCUUCUAAGUUCGCCAUUGAUCGGCCAUCAUUGUCCUGUGGGGGUGACAUGGCUAUCACAGAUGCAGAUUUCAAGGCUGCAUUAGCUAAAGUCUCCCCUUCUCUCUCGGCCAAGAAGCUCGAGAAAUGGACGCUACAGGCAGAGAAGAUUGAUGUUGUUCGUGGUGUAUCCGUGAUGGACUGGUAGACUUAUGUUAACUUAAUUUUUGUGGAUGAUGUGAGUUUCCUCUCAUCUUUUGUAGCAUGUUAUAACAUCUUAAAAUUUUGCAUCUAAAUCUCAUAUACGUCAACAUCUUUGUGAUAUUGUCCGUACGGAACCAGGAACCUGUAUAAAUAUUGUUUAAUUGCUUUGUGGUUUGUCCAAAGAGUGAUUAAGCCCUUUUAGUCUUUUUUUGGCUGA